UCGAAAACACAUAGACAGGCUUGUAGAGUGAGAUCAAGUGGAAAGUGCAACUUGUCAGCGGCACAAAUGUUACUCAUGAUCGUGAGCAGACUCCAGUGCUACUCUCAUACACAAGUGGCAAUCAGAAACCACAUUCAGUCUGGAAGAGCAAGUGUGAUUCGCUCGAACUCAGACCUACAAAUCAACACAUUCUGAGAAGCCUCCAUGCAACUGACCCCCAUUUCUUUUCUACAUCUUCUUUUGCAUCUCCACUCUCUCAUGUCCUUUCUCAAAAGUCUUCUCGUGUAAACUUUUGUAUCCAGCGCAGUAAUUGUCAAAGGCAUCCUACAGGAUAUUGAAAAGAUUCAAAGCGAGAUUGAAUACGAGGCAGAGAAUGUGAUUCAGUAAUACUAAGGCAGCAAUCAACCUAAGUACAUUAAGUUGAAGCUUUUGGUCAAGUCUGGAGUUUGUUUUGUUACCAGAUUAAGCUGCAUGUCUUCUUGAAAAUCCUUGAACCACCUAAGACGGGACUAUGUCACUCGAAAUGCCAGGAGGAUGUGUUCAUGACGAUAAAAACUUCAGUGCUAACCAUGAAGAAUCUGGAAAUUAUUCCAGACAAUCACGACAAGUAUUACGACCGUGGGAACAAAUUUACGAAUCUGACAAUUCAUAUUCUGCAGAUGAAUUGUUGAAUCGAAGAGUUUUUGUGGGAGGUCUCUCACCUUUUGUCGAUUCUGAUGAUUUAAAAGAAGCUUUUGAGGAAAAUUUUGGUCCAGUUGUUUCUGCAGUCGUCAUUAAGAACCACGCCAGUGCACAAGUUCAUUCUCGUGGAUUCGGUUUCGUGACAUUUAAGCACGAGUCAUCCGCUUCAUCAGCGGUGCACGCUCAUUAUGCUCAGAUAUUCGGCAGGAAGGUAGAGAUUAAAAGUGCUAUUGCCCGCCAUCACCUUGGGAAUGCAGAAGAGGUGUCCAAUUCAGAACAUCAAGAAUCAGCUGAAGUAUUGAAAGAGAGCGAUACUCUUCCUCCCACACCAGCGAGCUGCAGUUCGGAGGACUUAACUCAACGGUGGAAUCCAGACGUGUGGGUUCCCAGGUUCAAACAGUGGCUUCCCAAAUUCCUGUCCGAAGUGUCAAAUCGCCUAAAAGGAGGAGAAUGGUAUCCAAUGUCUUCACUGAAAGGAGAUUUCCGCGCCACUUGCGGUUUAGAGCUUGACCAUAAGGGCAUAGGUUACAUGAAACUCAACGACUUUCUAAGAACGCUCCCCGAGCUAUGUAAGAUGAAGAUUGCACCUGUAGGACUCGGACAUGCCACUCAAAUUGUGCUUCUUCCUGCUAAGAAGAGAAUGAUCACAUGGCAUACGCAUGGCCUCAAAACGGAAGAAAUCAACUCAGAAAGUCCUACGGCAUCCUUGGUGGAAACUGGCCUUUCGUACCCAGCUGUAAAAUAUGAAGGGAGUGCCCGUAACACAAAUAUAAAAGAUGCUGCUGCUGCAUGUACCUGUUCUGAGUUAUCAAGCACUAAGGAGUCUGCUGAUAAUUUCACUUCAGCAUCCACUCAUCCCCAGUCAGCCGGAUCACCUAACAUGAGGGCAUCAGUUAUCUCGAGUGGGAGUCAGAAUGGAGCAUCCACUGAGCCUCAGAACAUUUGCAGCUUGGAAUUGAAUUACUUAAGAGAGCGAAUUAUUUUAUUGCAGGAUAUUGUUGCGAAACAAAACGAGAUUUUAUGCAAAGAUUCUUGGUGGAACAAGAGAGGACCAGUUUUUAUCAAUGGGAGUAACGUAUAUGACAAUACUUCCAAUGCCUUUGGAAAUCCUGAGAUUUUUGGUCGCUUUCCUGACUCUUUAGAUUCAUCCUUCUGUCAAGAUCCGUACAACAGCAUGAGACUAUCAACAAAUACUCCAGGUACAUCCUCUAAAGUAGAACUCACAUCUGCAGUCAAGGACGUCCGUGACCAUGAGGCGACGAAUCUGUUGAACUACGAAGAAUCCUCAGCUCCAUACAUCCUUUGGGGGCAGAAUCUUACCAACAUUCAAGAUAGACCGAACAUAUUGGGGCAGUACUUAGCACCAGAGUACGGUGAACUUGAGGGUGGAGCUCGUACUACAAAUUCGUACGGAGGACACAUGGAUCAAGGGUCAUUACGAAGAGAACACUGGAGCUUAUUUAGCGCUAAGCGGACUGACCAGCAGGACCAACAGUGCUUCUGUGCCUCUUGUGUGUCUCAAUGUGAGCGACAAUCUUCGUGAAUAGCGAUUCCGUGUAAGCACUUGACUCUAUGUUCGGCAUGCAAGGACGCCUGCAGCAGACUGAUAUGGAAGUCAACCUGCUUUUUGUGCCACUGUGCUGUAGAAAGAUGGAUAGCACUUGAUACUUAUGCGAAUCAUUUUUGCUUGACGUAAGGAAGACAUUUUAAAAGUUUCUUCCGAAGUUUAUAUUCAUCGACCUGUAGAAUUACAGGAUAAAGAUUCAUUCCCCAUUUUUGGCUGAUUAGGUAAGACUUAUAGAUUGUUGACUCUACUGUAGACAGAUGGGUACUACGUUCUUGUAUGAUGCACAUCAGUAUAGCUGGUCCUAAGGAAAUUGAU